ACCUAAUUACGACGUACCUCUCAAUUACAUCUGCACUUCGUCCUUCUGAACGCAUCACCAUCAUCCGAAGCACUCCCCUACCUACCUACACACAACUCGUCGAUCCACGCUCGUCAGAUACCACCCAGUAAGAGUUCUAACGAGGUCACAAGUCCCUGCACGUAGCUGCUUUUCUCUUGCGACCAGUACAACGAGCGACUUUCAAACCGACCAUCAAAAGCGCUUGCCCAAGAUGGUUCUGGAAGCGGUGAUGGUUGUCGUGGACAACAGCGAGAGCAGCAGAAAUGGAGACUACCAACCCACUCGAUUCGACUCCCAAGCCGAUGCGGCAACUGUGAUCUUCCAACAAAUUACUCGCAGCAAUCCGGAGUCUUCUGUCGGGCUUAUGAGCAUGGGGGGAAAGGGCCCCGAGGUCCUCGUGACUCUCACAACGGAGCAGGGCAAGAUUCUGGAGGGCUUGCAUCGAACAAAGAACAAGAUUGGAGGGUCGUCGCAUCUUGCCACCGGCAUCCAGGUCGCCGGCUUGGCUCUCAAGCAUCGCCAGAACAAGUCCCAGCGGCAACGGAUAAUUGUCUUCGUCUGCUCACCCGUCGAGGAGGAAGAGAAGAAGCUGGUCCAACUCGCAAAGAAGAUGAAGAAGGGCAAUGUCUCUGUGGAUUUCGUGCUUUUCGGCGAGCUCGAUGAUGGCGACACCCAGAAGAAGCUACAGGCGUUCAACGAGAACGUGAAGGGCAGCGAGGGAUCGCAUCUAGUCGUCAUCCCCCCGAGCGGCAACCUCUUGAGCGAUCAGAUUAUCUCGUCUCCGAUAUUGCUGGGCGAGGGCGCCGCAGAAGCUGCCGGCAGUGCCGGUGCGGCUGGUGCCGGCGAGGGCGGUGACUUUGGCGGCCUCGAUUUCGACCCGGCUCUCGACCCCGAGCUUGCUUUGGCGCUACGCAUGAGUAUGGAGGAGGAGAAGGCGAGGCAAGAGAAGAAGGCACGCGAGGACGCCGAGGCGGCCCAGAAGGCAUCCCUCGAGGACAUUAAGGAGAACGGGGAGUCUGCUCCCCUUUUGAAUAAGGACGGCGAGCCGAGUGGCAGUGGCGACACUGGAAACCAAGAUGAGGACAAGAAUAAGAAAGGCGACGACAGGAUGGACACGUCGUAGCUGAGCAUCUCAGAAAGACCUGCUCAGUCGGGCUUCCGCAACUCGCGGUUGGUCGAGACAACAUGAUGUAACAAUUAGCUCUGGAGAAAAUUGCACGAGGGGUUGCACUCCGGCUUGCAGAGACAGGGAAAUGGAUGGCUUUAAUGAUUUAAGUUCCCCAACGCCGAUUAAUGCACGAAACGUGCUUCCAGCGAGAGUUUUCUUUCAACUCGCAACUCCCGCACAGCGGGACUAUCAACGCCGAAG